AUGAUGAAAAAUACUUUACUUGGCAAAGCGCUGCUCUACCAGCCCUCGAGUACGGAAUAUGAAAACUUAAGAUCAUGGUACAUUGUUAACUGUGUCUUCAACGCUUUCCUUACUAUAACCGCCAUCAUCUUCAACAGCGUCACAAUCCAGGCACUAAGAAAAACUUCAUCGUUACCUAAGCCGCUAAGAGCAUUGCUUCUGAGUCUUGCUAUCUCUGAUCUUGGUGUUGGUUUACUCGGCGAGCCUUUCUACGUUGGGCUACUGGUAAAGUGGUUGCAGCGUGACAAUUCAACUGAUGCUGCCUCAACCGCGUUUCUCUUUACCUUGUAUUUAUUUUCCGCAGCGUCAUUUUCCGGAGUCAUGGCUCUAAGCGGGGACAGAUUCUUGGCUGUGCACCUACAUCUCAGAUACCAGGAACUUGUGACUCACAAGCGAGUUGUUGUUGUAGUAAUCUCAAUAUGGCUGUUCAGUGCAUUGUUUUCGUUGUUUUGCUUGCGGGUUUCCACCGAUAUUUCCCAAGCAUUGGUCCCCAUUAUCGGAGUUGUUUGCCUCGUAUUCUCAGCGGUGCUUUACUACAAGAUUUAUUUAGCUGUACGGCGCCACAGAAAUCAAAUUCAUGCCCUACAAGUGCAACAAGUAGCACAGAAUGGCGAAAUGGCAAAUGCUGCUAGGCUGAGAAAAUCUGCAGUCGAAAGUGUAGAUGAAGCGGAAGAUUUUACAAUAGCUACACAGGUUCUCGAUGAGUUUAGUUGCGCUUUAAUGUGCAGCUCCACCAUUGUGUGUCACUACGCGUUGUUUGACAAAGAUUCAAAAAAGUGUUCUUUCGUGAAAGCGACAGAAAACCUGAACCGAAAGGACGAUGCAGAGCCUGAGUCAGAAAAGAUUCUUCUGGAAAAGGUAGGCAACGAUGAAAGAAAGUGUGAGUGCAAUGCGUUUGAUACAUCAUUAGGAUUUUAA